CCACUCUGGAAAGAGUCGUUAGAAACGCUGGAAGGAAGGGAGUGCCAUAUGGUAACAUUGACAAGGGAGGGUUUUUCUUAAAGCUUGUGCAACAUAAUCCAUCGCAGCAGCGCAUUUGGUGCGAGCUCAGUGACAAAGGAGCACCAAAGUUGCGCGGCGUGGAGCUCAGAGCAGAAAUAAGAGGAUUUAGGAGACUCGUGGUCAGCUCAGCGCCCUCAGCGUUCCUUCCGUUUUCCUCCCAAAGCUGCAACGGAAGGGAAACUUUUGGACACAUUUCUGCUGCGUUAUUUCUCACCGACUCUCCGCUGCGUCCUUAACUCUGACCACAUGUAUGCACCGCCGCUGGAUCACAGCCUUAAACGGUUUCUUACCAAAUAUAGACACAGUUAGUUAAUGCUGGGGCGCCCUUGAGGAGCGGAGUGAUCCUGGAUUUGACAUUUGCAGCGUUGCCAAAGUUUAUUAUUAUAUUCUCGGAUUAUUUUUGAUCCAUCGGGGCCUUUUGAUCGAAUCGCAACAAUCGGUCGGUGGUUUAUUCCAGUGAGGAGGUUUUCUUUAGUCUCCGUUAUUAUAUUGGGAGGCAUGUCUAAACCGCUCCGUAGCCCCUGACUGCACGCAACAGAAGCCAUUUUUAAGUAUUUGAUUUUCAAGUGAGUCACCGAACAGGAGCUGCUCGACCUGCUCCGUGCUGCAGAGAUAACCCGUGCUCAUACAGUUUUUUUUUUUUUUUUUUUUUUUUCCUUUGGCACAUAUUCCCCCUCCCUCUUUUGUUCUCCAAGCUCCCUACGUGCGUCUGGCUGUGCGGACGGAGUGGAUGUGCCAUGGCUCAAUUUCUGCUUACUACCUACGUGUUGGUUCUCGGGUUGGCGCUGGGCUGGGCUGGAGGUGAGCAGGCCGAGGCGCAGAGCGCACCGGUGGUCACCCUGCGUACUCUGAUCACGGGAACCUGCCUGGAGAUCCAGCGGUACGCGGAGUCCGUCGUGGGAACCGGCGCCAUACGGUCAGCUGCUGAGUUUUUGGAGACAGUGAUUCGAUUCCUGGCUGAAGGAGCUGCCAGCGGCCUCAAUGUCAUCGCUGUUUACGUCACAGAGAUCCUCAGGGUCACAGGAGUCGAUGUGACGUUGACGUUGCCCCACUUCACUCCAGAAGGUGUGACUGCCGUCGCCCAGUGGGGCCUGCUGGGCCUCAUCGGUUACUGGGUGCUGACCAUCGUUCUCCGUCUGCUCAUCGGUGUCCUGAAGCAGGUGUUCUGGAUGGUGAAGACUGUCUUGGCCCUCUGGCUUUUCGGACUGAUGGUGACCGACAAGCAGGCCAGCGCAGAGACCACGGCCGUUCGACUGAGCGGCCUGGUGCUGGUAUGUGUCCUGUUAACUCUCCUCACCUCUGGCUCGGAGAAGUCUGGCAAAGUGGAGCACCGACUGAGCAGCCUGGAGGGCCGGCUGAAGGCAGUAGAGAAGAGGAAAGGGGAAUAAUGAUGAGAAAUGGUGGGAAAGAAUUGAGAUGGACUAAUGUGAUGAUCAUGGAGGUUCAGAAAAAACAAUGAUUUCUAUGUCUGUGUGUAUGUCAAAUGUGGGAAAUAAAGUCAUCUCUGGGAUUUUUAAUCAUAAA